CAGGCCACUCCCACUUUCCCCAUUUUCACUCUCAUGAUUGAUGAACCCAACAUGGACGUCUCAACGUACGGACGUAGCCGACAAUCCAUCGCUGACUUAGAGCAAGAGCUACACGAUAUAUUCUCUGAUCACCCGCAAUCACACCUGAAUGACGAUGGCGAACCAAUUAUACCGGGAAACGCGCUGGUUGACGUACUACGGGCGUUUUCGAGAAACCACGAUGCCGUCGACCUUAUGAAACCGGAGGAGGAGGCCCAACUAACGCAGCUGCUCGAAAGCAACCCUGGACUCGCGGUCACUCCUCAAGUUCUUCUCCAAUUCAUCGCAAUGCGGACAACAUUCAGUCCUGAUGAAAGUCCAGAAGGUUCGCCUCCGCACCCUUCAGAUGAAUUGGAGCAACGCGGCAGGACCGAGGAGCGCGAUUAUAAUGAAAGCCAUUCACGGUCCUCCAGCCGAGAUUCAACCGGGACGUCGAUAUUAAGGCCUCCUUCUCGCGGACCGCCGGUCCCUCCGAAGGACUCCCCAUUCGACGCGACGCGUCGGCAGCGCUCUACGCCAUUGAAUACUACCACUGCUCCUUCCAGCUGGACGCGACGACGUCCACCGACCUCGAAGCGUACCCCUUCUCAAGAUCGUUCGACGAGUGACUCUGACUCAAGCAAUCCUCCUAGCGCGUAUAGCCGUACAUCUGGUCGAAAGCGUGGUCCUUCCAACCCGAUCAGUCCAACUUCGAUCGACGCAUCCAUGUCUCCGAUCGACUCUCCUUCCUAUCCUAUCUCUAUUUCGCGUCCGCAGUCACGCGCCGGGUCGCGACCGCACUCGCGUGCCCAAUCCCGAUCUACGUCGCGAAACCUCUCUCUAACGCAGGACCACUUCGCCUCUUUGGAUGCAGAGCUCGACGAACAUAACCUAGCUUCUCCGGAAUCUAGCAUCGACUAUGGUCCGCAGGUUCGUUCAAUCAGCGGACUGAUGUCCCCUCCACCUUCGGGCCAGUCUGAGACAUCAUACGACGAUGAUAACGAUUUCACGGAGAGGGUCUCAACACUGCCGAUGCCUCGAAUGGGGGUAGAGAGCGACGAGUCGGAGUCGGAGUUCGACGACGCGUCCAUCUUAGGACUGGUGAUGAGCCGCUCUACGACAUCGUCGACGGUAUCAUUGGACUUGCAUGAGCGGUUGGACGCGUUGCAACGCGCAAACACCGAUCUUGCGCGAAAGCUUUUAGAGGCGGAGAAGACGCUGCAAGACAGACUCGCAGAACAUGAGAUCGAGAUUGAAGAGAUGGAGUCGAGACUUGACGAGGUCAGAGGUGAGCUGAGUGCAACGAAAAGGGAGGAGAAGGAACUUCGAAACAAGGAGCGCGCGAGCCAAUCGCAAAUUACAAUUCUGGAGGGCGAGGUGACCAAGCUUACGAAGAGCUUGGAGAGUGCUCGCGCGUCGUAUCAGAGUUUGCAGAAGCAAUAUCAAGAACAGUGUGCUGAGGCCGAGAGAUAUCGUGAUUCGCUGCGGCUAAAGGACCGAGAGGUCCGGACACUCAGGGAGACUAUAGCUCUUCAAACUGUGGAGAACAACAAAAUGUUGCAUGACAUUGCGACCGCCGAGGAUCGCAUCAACGUUCUCGAGAACAAGCUUGUCAGCGCGAGCCAUACAGCUUCACAAUUAAGCGAUCAGAAGAACGAGAACCUCCUGCUCAAGGAGACCAUCGAUCGUCUGCGUUUUGACAUCGACGAGCUGCGCAACAGCACGACAAACAGCAACUUCCUCUCUGGGGCGGGUGGAACGGCUCAGAGCGACUCAGCCAAAACCCUUGGCUCGGAGAUGGACAGAGCUGAGGAGCAGGCGAAGGCGGCUGAGGACGUGAAUGAGGAGGCCGAGGUUUCCGCUCAGCUCACGCUUACUGAGGAACAGGAGGACGAGGAUGAUGAGGACUUCGUCGAGACCAUCAUCACGCGUACGAAGCGGAAGAAACCCAAUCGUGUCAACCGGGGUGAGAGCAUCAAAGUGGAUGAGGUCAAGGAAUACUGCGAUUCUGCCGCUCAACAUGAGAUUGCCGAGUUCAUAGCAUCUUGCGGCAUCCAGACAGAUGCCGAACCAUCGGCUCUCACUGCUUCCUUCAGUAUCCAGACAGAUACGCCGUCGCUAUCGUCGCUGUCGAUACAGACGGAUCCUGCGCCCGAGGCCGUUCCAGAAGUAAGACCCAUGGCAAACGUGGAGAUACAGACGGAAGAGAUGGAAACGGAGCUUAUUCCCUCAACGUCAUCUUCAUUCACACUAUCUGAGGAUGACGACGAGACCCUCGCUUCGUCUUCAUCCACCCUCCUGCCACCUACCCCUAAAGCACAACACGAGGAGUUGCAUCCCCACACACACGACCUCCCCCCGGACUACAAUCAGGUUACCGGCCAAGACCGUGAUGAGCUCGCCCUCCGCGUUGCGAAUGAGACGCUGAAGAAGUGGCACAAGGGCCUGAAGCUGCCCAUAGAGCCUGUGAAAGGUGGCAUUUCCGAAGACGCCGCGGAAGACUGGAAGGCGCUCAAGGAGGAGCUAGGCGUCGAAUGCGCGGCUAUCGACAAGAUGGUCGAAGAGUCCGCAAAACACCGUUCACCGCGUGCCGGCAAAGAUGGUGAACACCGCCGACGGCGGAGCCGCUUUUACAACAUCUACAACACAUACUUCCUUGGCGAGUCGGAGGGUGGGUCCGCCAUGUCGACCACUCAGUUCCUCUUCUGCAUCGGUGCCUCUGCGGCGGUCGCGUUCAUCGUCGGACAGGCUAUGGCCCCACACUAUGUUGUGCCUGGUGGGCCCACCUACUAUGAUCGUGUUGCCUGGUCGAGCUUUAACUCCAUCCAGGCCACAGGUGAGGGCUUCCCUGGAGACGGCUCUACUGCUAUUUGGAACGUGCUCGGUCGGCUGCUUGGCUUUGGGGCUACGAGGCAGCUGCGAGCAUGGCCGACAUAGUUUAGCCCUCGCGCCGCGGAUUUCCGGGACAGAUUCAUUUUUUCCUCCCUCAGACUUUGUGCAAUAUGAAUCGGCUUGCGGAUUGGAUAACGAUCAUCUCACGACGUCCUUGCAACGUGUCCUGCAUGAUAUCCUUCAAG